AUGGUCGUCGGUGAUGGCAGCCUCCUCGGCACGAAAGAGUUCGUCAACCGAAACCUCACGUCCUCGUCUCCUGGCACCAACUACGUUGUCUUUCUCAGAGUUGCUACCUCCGAUGCACAAAAUUACUCAUCUGACUAUUCUCAACCGCUGUUUGGUGGCCAUUUUGAUCCUGUGACAUACGUCACCUAUCCACUUCUGAAGACAACACCCAGAACAUUCCAACGAACAUCAACUGUGCUUCCCACUCCCACGUCGUCCUUUCUUUCCUUCGUUGAAUCCAUUCCCAGUCCUGGAAUGGAAUCAAAGUAUGUCGGAAAUGAGAAAGAUGUUGUAGGCGGUGGUGGCAGUCCGGCAUCGGUAGCUGCUCCACUCUGCGUCACUCUGCUCUUCAUGUUUCUGCUGGUCGGCCUCUUCUUCUUCGCCAGGAAGAGGAGGUACGCCUUCGAGUGGAUGCUGCCCGAGCCCUGGAAGUUGAUCCUGCCAACAAACGACAUUCCAUCCUUCUGCCAAAUCGAUCCUCAAAUGUUUCUUAAUAACAAAGAUAAAGAUGAAAAAAUUUGUGAACUCGAUCAAUUUGAUUACACGACAAAGAUUGACAACAAAUUACAACAAAUGUUGAAUGUUACGACGGAGUUUCUAAAUCUGUGUUUAAAAUAUUUUUUCGUCUGUUUUUCAACUUACGGCAUUUAA